UGGAGUACCGCCACUUCUUCUGUCCGGACUUGCUCCAGGAUAAGGUGGCCUUCAUCACAGGCGGUGGCUCUGGAAUCGGGUUCCGGAUUGCUGAGAUUUUCAUGAGGCUGCCAGAAAGCUGGUUGCUGCCACCGGCCAGAGGUGCCUCCCUUUAUCUCUGGAUGUCCGAGUGCCCUUGGCCACUGCAGCAGCCGUGGAGCAGGCACUGAAGGAGUUUGGGAAGAUCGACAUUCUCAUUAACUGUGAGUCACUGUUGGGCGAGGCCGGGGGCUUCUUUUUUUUGAGAAAAAACACAGGACUUCGUUAUUCCCAGCACAAGGCGCAGGUCUUCGAAAAAUAAGGGGGUAAGUUCAGAGGGUGGGAAGGAAGCCCCUUCUUGCUGGCAGUGAGCGGGUUCCACAGGACCACGAUGACCAAGUCCCUGCGCAGGACCAUCUCUGAGAUGCAGCAGUCCUUGUUGACUGGCUUGGCCUUCUUGCCCUUGACGCUGUUGGGGACCUCGGUCCACAUUUCCUUCACAUCCUCCAGCACCAUGUUGCGAUGCCUAUCAAAGGCCUCCACACAGCCCAGGAUCUUCUUGUUGUGGCAGUGGAUGAGCACUUGGGUGUUGUUCUUGACCCCCUGCGUGAGCACAGACAGUGGCCCCGUGUUAAACUUCUCCUGCUUCUGCAGCUCCUCUGGGGUCAUCUCACUCUUGGGUUUGUUCAGGAGGCUCAUGGUGGCGGUGGGUGGUGGCUGCACUCUGAAGUCACUACCGUCUCCUCCAUGUUGCUUUGGUCUUCUGGCCAGGGGGCUUCUGAUGGGUCAGCAAUGCCAGACCUCCUUGUUUGGAGGCCCAAGAACAGUCCUGGCUCCAAGCCUCUGUCUUGGCCCGACUCUGCUCCUACCAGGUGCAGCCGGGAACUUCCUGUGCCCCGCCAGUGCCUUGUCCUUUAACGCCUUCAAGACUGUGAUGGACAUCGACACUUUGGGUACCUUCAACGUGUCUCGCGUGCUCUACGAGAAGUUCUUCCGGGACCAUGGAGGGGUGAUUGUGAACAUCACCGCGACCCUGGGUACCCGGGGGCAGGUGCUCCAAGUGCACGCAGGCUCUGCCAAGGCAGCCGUGGAUGCGAUGACACGGCACCUGGCUGUGGAGUGGGGCCCCCAGAACAUCCGCGUCAACAGCCUUGCUCCUGGCCCCAUCAGCGGCACAGAGGGAUUCCGGCGGCUGGGUGGCCCGCAGGCUGGCAUGAGGGCAAAGGUCCUGGCCAGCCCCCUGCAGAGGCUGGGGAACAAGACGGAGAUCGCCCACAGUGCUCUCUUCCUGGCCAGCCCUUUGGCGUCCUACGUGACUGGGGCCCUGCUGGUGGUUGAUGGUGGGACCUGGCUGACGGUCCCUAACGACAUCCAGUUGCUGGCGGGCUUCUCCUCUGCUAAGCUCUAGAUGUGUUCUCAGGUGCUUCUGGGUUCCCCUGCUCCACAGGCAGGGGACAGCAUGCUACAGAGGUGUUAGUCCGCAGCCGCUCUCAGAUCCCUGUGACCUGCCUCCUGCCUGCCCAGCCUGAGCGCCAAACCCAACAAUCCCAGCAGAGCAUCUGAAGCAGAGAUUGACCCUUCAACUUGGAGCCAUGCUGUGUCUGCAUUCCCCCCCCCCCCAUGGCCCCGUCUCCUGUGCAUGGGGGGCAAUGACCAGGCAGUGCAGCUGGCUUACUGACCUGCCCAUACACCCUGGGGAAGUCUGCAUUCCAGUGCUUCGAGAGUGUUGAGGGGGCCAGGCUGCAAGGGUGUUCCCCCCCACCCCCAACCCAGGGUCAGGGCUGUCCUGCUGGCUCAGCCUCUGCCUAAACUGGCCUCCUUUCUCCUUCUGCCUGUGUCCAAUGGGUGUCCUAUGGUAGCUCCCAUGGCCUGGGUGGAGAGAAGGGGGCGUUUCAGGCUGCCUUCUCUUCCUUGCUCUCCCACUUUGAGACCUUUGCUUGGCAAAGAGAUGCCAAACUAGGGAGGCUGGAGAAGCAUGUUCGAGCCUCCCUCUAAGGCCUGUGUCCUGGGUCCUCUCAACGGGGUGUGUGGGCUGCAGACGGGACCUCUGUUGGUCUCCGGUGAUGUGGGUAGGGUUGCUCCCCACCUGCCCUGGAAUCUGUCAUUUGCUGGGACAUCCCCAGAGAAGUUAGUCCUUGGUUAUUCAGGGGCUCACUUCCUAGGUCCUCCAGGUGGCCAGUCCCCAUUGUCACUAGCACUCAAGCCCGGGGGAGGAGGAUCUCUGCACCCUCAGUUGUUCCUCAGUGACCACUCUUUGACACACAUCCAGGCCAGGACUUACGGGGGGGCCACUUGGAUCCUGGGCUUGUUUCCUGUGCUGUUAAAAACUUUGAGAUGCUCAAAGCUGUUGGUCUGCCCUCUGGCUGGACAUGCUGCUCAGGGCCCCCUUCUUUCCUGCCUCCCACCACGCCCCCAUCUGCACCAUCUAUUUGCAUAAGCAUAGGUCUUAGAGUUUUGCCAGAAAACGCAUUUCCUUAAAAAAUAAUCUUUGUACUAUAAAAACAUCUAUUCAUUGGACUUCACAAAUGUUUUCAGAAGGAGGAGGAGGACACUGAACAGAAUGACUGGUAAUCUGGGCAUUUAGAGGUAGCGGUGUGUCUCCUUCCUGUCUUUUGCCUGUGAAGAGUUUAGAAAACACUUUCUACCUAAUGUUUGAAGCCCCCGUCCUCAGGCAAGGGGAGCCCACCCUGGGGUGAGGGGAGGCUGUCUGCUCCCCUGGUGGGAGGGGUGUCUUCCACGGCUGGUCCCCGGUGGGGCUGCCUACUCUGCAAGGUCCUGGUGCUGUCACUAAUCCUGGGCUUGAGCCCUCUGCCCCACAUGCCCACGCCUACCUGAGUUCCUUCCUGCCUUUGUGGGUGCAGGGGCAUGGCAGGGAGGCCACUGGGCAAUGGGAGCUCCACUUGCCAUUUAAAUGGAGACCAGCAUGUGGCAUCAAGUCCACCAGCAAGGCAAGCAGAUGGGUGCUUGUGAUGCCGCGGGAGGAGGAAUCAGAACUGUGAAGGCAGUUCCUGGGGAGCUGCAGCUGGUGAGAGGCAGAGGCAGCCAAACAGACCCCCUGUGCCAGAGAGCUGGGGCCUGCUGUCCCCAGAGGAGAUGGAGGAGGCCCUGGGGAGGCUGUCCUGCCAGCCGUAUUCGAAGGCCUGGGACUUAAUGGCAGCUUAGCUCCAGGAGGACAGAAGAGAAUGGAAACCAGGUUCUGGGAGUGAGCCUUUUAUUACUGUUAGUCAGGGUGCUCCAGAGAAACGGAGCCAGUAGGAUAUAUAUAGAUCUACAGGAGGAGAUUUAUUAUAGGGACUGGCUCAUGUGAUUGUGGGGGCUGAGAAGUCCCAUGAUCUGCAGACUGCAAGCUGGAGCCCUGGGAAAGCAGAUGGUGUGAUUCAGCCUGAGUCUGAAGGCCAGAGAACCAGGGACUCUGACGGCCAAGGACAGGAGAAGGUGGAUGUCCCAGUCAAGCAGAGAGCAAGGGAACUUGCCCUUCCUUGGCUCACACUGGUAAGGGCAGGUCUUCCAUCUACUGAAUCAAAUGCUAAUCUCAUUUGAGAAAUACCCAGUAAUUCUGGUUUACCAGCUAUCUGGGCAUCCAUUAGUCUGGUCAAGUUGACACAGAGUUAAUCAUCACAGUUGCCCACAGCACAAGGUCCGUGCCCAAGUUUGUCAUCUGAAUGCAGUGGUCAGUUUGGCUGUAAGAAGUCAACCUCGCUGUUUGCCUUAGUCCUCUAGUCCCUGCUGUCUUCCUACAGGUCCAGGACACCUGCUGGGGGCUUGUGGGUCACAGGCACAACCAGUGUGUGUCACUUGCUGGCUGGGCUCUGGGUCAGGCUAGCAAGGAAGGCCAGGUGCACGUGGUGAGGGGGACAGCACUAGCCCCAGAAGUGGCGCUUGGACUUGGUGGCAAUUGGCAGAGAACUAGGUUGUCCCCUCCCAGAUUAACAAUCUCUGCAGUUGCCUUAGAAAAUGCCAGCUUCUGACUUCCCUGGUGGCCCAGUGGUUAAGACUCUGUGCUUCCAACGCAGGGGACUUGGGUUGGAUCCCUGGUUGGGGAAGUUCUGCAUGCCGCGUGGUGCAGCCAAAGCAAAACAAAACAAAAAAAAACAGAAACAAAAACAGCAGGUUCUCUGAAAGGAAGAAUCAUUUUUUAUGUGUGAACCCCAGCUAUGGAAGCUGCUUUACAGGCCCCACCCACUCUGAGUCCCCCUUCCAUGGGGUAAGGAUGCUUGAGAACUUCUCAGAACUGCACAUUAAAACAUCACGGCCACAUCAGAGGGCUGUCCACCACCGGCGUGCAGCCUUUCAGCCCCUGUUCCACUUUGCACAUUUCGUUGAAUGAAUAUAUGAAAACCCCGGCUUGUCCAUCCCUGCGUGUUGUGAGACAGACAGCAUGUCUCCGAGGCAUCGCCAUGAUGCAGUGAACCUUAAAAUUGCUUUAAAUAAACAAACUGGGGGAGUUUCUCUGCCAACUCCUCCUGUUGCCAUGGUAACUGGGUAAAACUGGCUUGCCUGCGCUUUGUCUGCGGGUCACUGUGGAAAGGGCUGGAAGUCGUGCUGUGUUGUUUCUCGGUCCCUGGGUUGGCAUCCUUCCUGCGUGGGUGUCUGGUGGCCCCGGGUACUGUGGUACCUGCGGGGCUGGGCCACCACGGUGGAGGAGGAGACGACAGGCCAAGGCUGACCUUGCCUGGACGCAGUCCACCCACCAGGUGCACACUGAGCCCUUUGCACUGUGCCCUGGCUGGGGGCCGGCAUGUGCACAACUGGCCCUCAGGAACUUCCUCUCGGCCAUGCACUUGGGUUCACUGAGUGAAGCAGGAAGAGAUAGUGAAUCCCUGAGCACCUCACAGUUCGAAGCUCAGAAGAUGUUCCCCUCUCCUCUGACCGUCACAUUGCUUUGCCCUUCUUGUGUGGGUCAGACCAAGCCUGCCUUGUAGUGGUCAAGCCCUGACCCUGGGCUGCGUGUCUAGGCAGGUGUCCUGCUGCCCCUGGCUCUGCCCCGAGGCCUGAUUGUACUGUGGCCAGGCAGCCAUGUACUCUUGAGCAGGGCAGAGGGGCUCUCCGGGCUCAGGGCUUCCCAGGCUGGGGAGAGGGCUGGGUGUGGGCCCCCUGGGGCAUUUCCCUCUGGGCCCUUAGACCUGUCUCAGCUGGAUGCUGCGACAGAUACGAAGAGGGGAUACGGGCGGGGCAGGGGGGAGAUCUGGGACCUUCACAGGCUCCAGGGGUGGGAUGCACUGGAGCCUGGGGACAAAGCUGGGGCCUGGGGUUCGGAGGUCUUCCUUCUCCCACCUUGACCUUCCCUGUGAACCUGCCCCUCCCCUCUCUGCCCAUCUGCUGUCUCUGCCCGGGUCCCAGCCACCUGUGUGCCAGCUGUAGCCCAGUCUCCUAAAGAGAGACACAUGUCCCAGUUCCUGGGAAAGGAGCUCCCUUCGGGUCAGGGUCUGGCUCUUGCUCAAUAAACUGUGGUCAAGGGUUAAUUGCAUCAUAUGGACCUGUCAACCCCCACUGCUUCUAGAAAAUGUGUGUAAGCAGGCAUCCUGUGUGGGUCCUGACUCACACCAAACACACUCACUAGAGACCAAUGUGUAGACCAGUGUGCUGAGAAUAUGUGGGGUUGCAUGUGUGUGCGUACACGCGUGAGAUUGCAAGUCUCGGGUCCCCUUGCUGGCAAAACCCAAGGGCCAGUGGGAGAUGGCAUAGGCUCCCUGCCCACCUCUUGGGCCAGAGCUCUGCCCAGCUCGGCUCUUCUGUCCUAGGGGCCAUAGGGGACUGGAUCCUUGUUUGGACUUCCCUUUUCCUUGCUCAUGCUAAUAAGGCCCUUCAAGGGAACAGCCCCUCAGACAGGGGAUUGCUAGAUUUCAUAUUUACCGCUGCAUUCUGGUUCAGGUCUAUGGGAUUAGACCUACGUUACCUUGUCAGCAGAUAGAGGUUUCUAUAACUCUUUAGUCAUUUGUUUACUGAUUAUCUUGCAUUAUUUCCUAGGUGACACAUAUUAUCAGUAUGGAGUUCAUUAAUUGAACUCCCAGAGGAUAACUUCAUUUCCAAAUUUUGGAGUAUUUGGGGGGCACCUCAUCACAUCCAUACAUCAGAGCAUCUGGAUGAGACAGGACCUGACAGGCAUCUGCUGAAGAAAGAUUAAGGAAUGUUAGGAAUAGGCAGAAUUAACAUUUAAUUCUUCCACCAUCACGUGUAAUUUGGACAAUCUUUACCCCAUGACAGGAGAGUGGUGUGAUUUAGAUCUUCACCUUUGGAAAAUGUGACCUGAGGCUAAAAAAGGAAGUUCUGAAUCUGCAUGCAAACCUCUCCCCGCCUGGUGCUCAGGGCCCAUCCCCCGGCAUGGGCUGUGAUUCUGGCUGCAGGGGAGGCGGGACGGGUGUAGGAUGUGGGUGCUUUGGGGACUGGAGAUGCCUGUCGUCACAGGAAGAUGGGAGCAGAUGCCAGCAACUGCAGAGUGAAAUGUUAAAAUAAGAAAUUCAUCCAAACCUCGGCUGAGUCAGGAGGAAUUAAAUUGUGCCUUACAAACUCGUGGUCUAUUUUUACUCUAAGAAAUGUACUUUACUAAACUUAAAAGUGAGAAAAAAAAUCCUUCCCCACUGAAUAAAUAUCGGUAAACACGAGUGUGGACUGUGCUUUCGGCUGCAGGAGGCCACGGGGAGGGUGCAUGUGAUCCAGACCUAAAACUGACUCUGCUCUCGGUUUAAUUAUCCCACACAAAAUGUUUAUGUAGUUUUCAAAAUUGUAAAUUGAAAAUAUAUGGGGGAAAAAAUUUGGCCAGCAGUUUUUGUUUGUAGCCUGGUUGAGGUACAAUUGACACAGAAGAGACUGCACAUGAGUGAAGUGUACAGUUUGCUGAGUUCUGACCUGUCUACAUCUGUGAAACCAUCAGCAUAAUCAAGAAGAUGAACAUGCCCAUCGCCUGCAAAACAUCUCCUCCAGCCCCUCGGAACCCCCUUGCCUCUCCCUGCGCCCUCGUCCCCAGGUGACCCAGCCAGGAUGUCAGCUCAGGCCUGGGAGGGCGAGGCCAGCCUUUUCUGUGAGGGAGAAAGUGGGACGGGAAGUAGAGGCACUGGGCCCUCAGCCAGGUCCAG